AUGAGUAUAGCAAAAGAUACAUUAUCGGUUUCUACAAGGGAAAAUGUAUCAAUGUCGACCAUCGACUCCCCAAAACAACAACAACCAAAGAAGAAAUGGUUCAAGUUCAGGAAUUUAUUUGAAAAGGAUGAAGAUAGACCAACACCACCACAAGUCUAUAACUACCGAGUCUAUAUGACGGCCAUCAUGGCUUCCGCAGCAGCAAUUAUUAUUGGUUAUGAUGGAGGUUUCAUUGGUGGUACUGUCGCCUUAGAUUCAUUUCUAGAAGCGUUCAAUUUAGAUAGCUCACCUCAUUCCCAGGCCAUUAUUGCCAAUAUUAUUUCAGUUUUCCAUGUCGGAUGUUUCUUCGGUGCUUUGAUUUCCUAUCCAUUCUCAUUCUACCUUGGUAGGCGUAUUCCAUUGAUCAUUGCUGCAGUAUUGCUUACUGUUGGUUCCGCUGUUAUGUUGGCUGCUUCAAGCUCUGUUGGUUUGGCACCUAUUUAUGUUGGUAGAGUUCUUGCUGGUCUUGGUGUCGGGUUCUCGACAAAUUUGACCGUUGUCUAUAUCUCCGAAGUUGCACCACCUGCUAUCAGAGGUCAAUUAACAAGUAGUUAUGAAAUCGGGUGGAGAAUUGGUGACUUAGUUGGAUUUUGGAUUAAUUAUGCGGUUGAUUCUCAUAUUGCUCCAGGUAAGAAGCAAUGGUUUAUUCCAUUCGCCAUUCAAAUGAUUCCAAGUGGACUUUUCCUUUUAGGUGGUAUUUUCAUGAAAGAAUCUCCAAGAUGGUUGUUCCAAGUUGGAAGAUACGAUGAAGCAAUUAAGAAUUUAACUUGGUUUAGGCAAUUGCCUGAAGAUGAUGAAUACAUUAUUUAUGAAGUUAAUCAAGUCAAAGAAUCUAUUGAAUCACAAAAGAUUAAUGUUGGAUUAGGUAUCAUGGAUCCAUUUUAUGAAGUUUUCUGGAACAACAAGAAAGUCUUGUACCGUUUACUUAUUACCAUGCUGUUGUUUCUUUUCCAAAAUUUCUUAGGUAUUCAAUCGAUCAACUAUUAUUCUCCAGUUAUUUUCAAAAGUUUAGGUGUUCAAGGUACCAGUAAUGCCUUAUUUUCUACUGGUUUAUUCGGUAUUGUUAAGUUUGUCUGUACAUUUGUCUACAUUAUUUUCAUUGUUGACACCAUUGGUAGAAGAAAAGCAUUUUUGGCUUCCUCAACUGUGUGUUCAAUUUGUUUCUGGUAUAUUGGAGCCUAUUUAAAAUUGGUAGACCCAACUCAACCGGGACAUCUGGCUGGUCCAGGUGGUAAAGCUGCAAUUGGUAUGAUGUAUAUUUGGAUUGCAUCCUUUAUCUUGGCAUGGUCAGGUGGUCCAUUCGUUGUUGGUAGUGAAGUCUUUGAUCAAAAUAUUAGAUCAUUCGUUCAAGCCAUUAAUGCGGCUGUUUCUUGGGUUCCAAUUUUUAUUAUGUCUCGUUUCACCUCCAAUAUGAUUGAUGCUAUGAAAUAUGGUAUCUAUUUCUUCUUUGCUAGUUUGGCUAUUAUUUCAAUACCAUUUGUGUAUUUCUUCUUGCCAGAAACAAAAGGUAUUGCUUUGGAAGAUAUGGAUAAAUUGUUUGACAGAAACUUACCAGCAAGACAUGCACAUAGUGUCGUUUUGGCAAAUGCUAGACAUGAAACCGAUCAAGCAUUCCAUGAAAAUCACCAAUUAUUUGAAGGUGAAAUUGACAAGCCUCAAACUCAGGUAGUUGAGAAUUCAAGUAAAUUAAUUUAA